AUGCCGUCACUCUCCUCAAUUAGUCUCUCCUCCUCUAUCCUUCUCUGUGGCCAUCUCAGCGCGAAAUGCACUGCCCCGCCUCAUCGCCCAUCUGCCAGCCAACAGCAUUACAAGACGGAUCGCAUCCGUUUCAUCACCGGCACGGUGGCAAGGAUAUGCAGCUGGACCCUGCUCUUCCUCAGUAUUUACCACGCAUGCGUGACCCUCCUCUACUGGCAACCAGAUGACUCGCACCUCCGCAUGAUCUGCCCUCACCCCGAAAACCUUUCCGAGAGCCUCUUCUCCUGGGCUCCUGUCGUGACUAUCUCCAUUGUGGCCAUUGCAGUCGGUGCAUUCGUCCGCCUGUCGGCCUAUGGCGGCUUGGGCCGAAACUUUACCUUCUAUUUGUCUUCGCCGGACCGACUGGUGACGGACGGGGUGUAUCGAUAUGUGCAGCAUCCGAGCUACACGGGUUUGGUAUUGCUUAUCUUGGGAAGUGUUGGCCUGUUUUGUCGAUGGGACGGGGCAGCGGGGGCAUGUUGGAUGGAGUCGUGGAUGCUGGAGAGAGUAGCUGGAUCGGGUAUGCCGCUGGUCGUGAUAUCAGGAAGUGUGGGGAUGAUGAUGAUCGGGGUCCGAGUUAGGGAUGAAGAAAGAAUGCUGAAGGAGAAGUUCGGCAGGGUGUGGGAGCGGUGGCAUACUCGAACUGCGAGAUUUGUCCCUGGAAUAUGGUGA